GGAAGAAGGAGGAGAGAGAAUAAUAGAAAACUAUUAACACACUUUUAUAUUUGAUAUUGAUUCUUAUCAGCUAUAUAUCUUGAUCAUGCUAUUGUCUCCCAUCUUCAGUUGCGGAACGAGGACCAUGGAGAGAACAGCAGAGUCAUUUAGUCUUAGUUUAACAAAGUCAAUGUCUUAUGUUACAAAAUGUUUCAUGUGGUUAUCUUUUUUAAUCAGCACGAUGACGAUCUUGUCAAAGCCUGCAGAGUCUUCAAAUAUCAUCAGGUCUUUGCCAGGGUUUUCUGGUUCCCUUCCUUUCAAAUUAGAGACUGGAUACAUAGGUGUGGGUGAAGAUGAAGUUGUGCAGCUGUUUUAUUAUUUUGUUGAAUCAGAAGGAAAUCCAACAGAGGAUCCUUUGGUACUCUGGAUGACCGGUGGCCCAGGAUGCUCUGGCUUAUGCGGGCUUUGGUUUGAAAUAGGCCCUCUGAAGUUCAAUAUGGUGAAGUAUAAUGGAAGUUUGCCAACAUUUUCUCUCAAUCAACACUCAUGGACAAAGGUUUCAAGUAUGAUCUUUAUUGAUGCACCUGUUGGCACUGGAUUCUCAUAUUCAAGAACCUUGGAAGGAGCUAAUAUUACAGAUAAAAUAAAUGCCCAACACUGUCACGAUUUCAUGAGAAAGUGGUUGACCGGUCACCCCAAAUUUAUUGCUAAUCCAGUCUACAUUGGUGGUGACUCAUAUUCUGGCAUUCCUGUGCCAAUUGUUGUUAAAUAUAUUUCAGAUGGAAACGAAGAUGGAGAAAAGCCAGAAAUAAAUAUAAAAGGUUAUGUGCUUGGGAACCCAAUUACGGAUCCAAAAUUUGAUCGGAAUUCUAAGAUUCCAUUCGCUAAUCGCAUGGCUCUUAUUUCUGACGAACUCUACAAGUCAGCAAAAAUGACAUGCAAAGGGGAGUAUGUGAUAGUGAAGAAAGAUAAUCUACCAUGUCAAAAGGAUCUCCAAGCUAUCUCAGAGCGAACAGUUGACAUAAAUAUGGGACACGUCUUAGAGCCUAAAUGUCCGUCUGACAGGAAAUUUCCAGAAAAUAGGAUGGAUGAUCGGAGGAUUCUUCAAGAAAAAUAUAGGGAUUUGUUGCUUUCUCCCGUGCAAAGUUUAGAGUUUGGGUGUAGGAAUUAUAAGAAUUUAUUGCUUCAUGUAUGGGCCAACGAUGUUCAUGUUCAAAAGGCGCUGCAUGUCCGUAUGGGAACUGUGAACGCUUGGAUAAGAUGUAACGACAACAUGUUUUACACAAAAGAUGUCGAAAGUUCAAUUGCCUAUCAUCGUUAUCUAAGAACCAAACAUUGCCGAGCACUUAUAUACAGCGGUGACCAUGACAUGGUUGCGCCAUACUUGGGAACUCUCCGGUGGCUCAAUUCUCUGAACUCUACCAUUGUGGAUGAUUGGAGACCUUGGGUCGUUAGCGAUCAAAUUGCAGGGUAUAUACGAGAGUACUCCAACUAUGUCACUUUUGCCACUGUGAAGGGUGCUGGUCACGUUGCCACUGAGUUCAUGCCACAGGAAUGCUUUGAAAUGUUCAAGAGGUGGAUCUCUCAUGAGCCUUUGUGAUACAUGGAUCCUUAGUUCCGUUUUUCUACAUUGCUAAUGCAAAUGAAGCGUCAUAAAGUUGGAAUUUAAUUUGUGUUUGGUAUGAAGAAAAUAUUGUGCUUAGUCUAUAUCUUUCAUUCUGCUAAGCUGGGAUAUGCACUUCUCAUUUGUAGAAGGCGAACUUAUAUUGCAUUGCUUUCUUGUUGUGAAAGGGUAUUGCAUAAAUUGGUAAC